AUGGCUUCAGAUCCGGGGCUGGCUGCGAUGCUGCUAUGGACUAUAUCACUACAGGCUCUGGGCACCGCAGGAACUAACAGCAAUGAAGUGAAUCUACUGGACACGACGACGAUUACGGGAGACUGGGGCUGGCUAACGUAUCCGUCACAUGGGUGGGAUGCCAUUAAUGAGAUGGACGAAUACUUCAGUCCUAUCCACACGUACCAGGUCUGUAACGUGAUGAGCCCCAGCCAGAACAACUGGCUGAGGACGGUCUGGAUCCCUCGAGAGGGAGCCAGGAGGAUCUACAUCGAGGUCAAGUUCACCCUGAGAGACUGCAACAGCAUGCCAGGAGUGCUGGGCACCUGCAAGGAAACCUUCAACCUGUACUACUACGAGUCUGACAGAGCAGUCGGCUCAGCCAUACGGGAGAACCAGUUCAUUAAGAUCGACACCAUCGCUGCUGAUGAGAGCUUCACGGGGGUGGACCUGGGAGUCCGCAGACUUAAACUCAACACUGAGGUGCGAGGCGUGGGCCCUCUCAACAGACGAGGCUUCUAUUUGGCCUUCCAGGACAUCGGCGCCUGCAUCGCCCUCACCUCCGUGCGGGUGUACUACAAACGCUGCGUGGGCGUGAGCCGUAACCUGGCGGUGUUCACAGAUGUGGUGACGGGCGCCGACUCGUCCUCUCUGGUGGAGGUCAGGGGUCAGUGUGUGGAUCACGCAGAGGAGAGGGACACGCCGAAGAUGUACUGCAGUGCUGAGGGCGAGUGGCUGGUGCCCAUCGGCCGGUGUGUGUGCUCUGCCGGAUUCGAAGAACACAGAGACUCCUGUGUGGCCUGUGAGGUGGGUUUCUAUAAGCCGGUGGCAGGUGAUGGCCUGUGUGGUAAAUGUCCUCAACACAGCCACUCAGAGACCAGAGCUGCCCUCUCCUGCCCCUGCGACUCCAACUACUAUCGAGCGGCAGAUGACCCACCAGCAGCUCCAUGCUCCCGCCCUCCAUCUGCUCCAGUGAGCGUCAUCUCCUCAGUCAAUGGGACGUCCGUGAAUUUAGAGUGGGAUCGCCCUCUGGAUACCGGAGGUCGCAGCGACCUGCAGUACAGUGUGUUGUGUCAGAAAUGCUCCGGGGAAGGAGGGCCCUGCGAGAACUGCGCAUCCUUCCCGGGAGGCGCUGGCGGUGGGAAGGCAGGGGCCAGCAUCGGGGCCGGGGGAGGAGGGAUGGUGGAGCGCUCGGGGACCGCAGCGGUUCGUUUUAUUCCCCGCCAGAGCGGGUUGACAGAGCCCUGGGUGACGGUGCUCAACCUGGUGGCUCACACCAACUACUCCUUCCGCAUCCUGGCCAUGAAUGCAGUGACGCACCUGAGCAACGAGCCCACGCCUUAUGCCAUAGUCAACAUCACAACGAACCAGGCAGCGCCCUCUGAAGUGUUAGCGAUCCGCCAGGAGAACACCAGUCAGAACAGUGUGACUCUGCUGUGGCAUGAACCCGACCAGCCCAACGGAGUAAUCCUGGAGUAUGACAUCAAAUACUAUGAAAAGGAUAAUGAAGAGCACAGCUACUCCACUCUGAAGUCUAAAAAUACCAGCGCCCGAGUGUCAGGGCUGAAGCCGGGCACCAAGUACAUCUUUCAGGUCCGAGCCAGAACGUCAGCAGGCUGCGGACGUUUCAGCCAGAACGUGGAGAUCCAGACUGGGAAAGCAGCUCCUCUGCGCUACAACACCAUGACCAUCAUUUGGAUCUGCAUGGCCUUGGUGUUCGGCCUGGUCACCUUUCUGGCCAUCAUCAUCUGCAGGAAACGGCAAGGCUACACUUUACCACACUACCCAUCGCUGCUACACUGUGGCUACAGCAAAGCCUUCCAGGACUCUGAUGAGGAGAAGAUGCAUUACCAGAACGGUCACGUGUCAUUCCCCGACGCAAGGUUCUAUAUCGACCCGCACACAUACGAGGACCCCUGCCAGGCGGUCCACGAGUUUGCCAGAGAAAUUGAAGCUUCCAGGAUCAAAAUAGAGAAAAUCAUUGGUUCAGGGGAGUUUGGGGAGGUGUGUUAUGGACGCAUGAGACUCCCGGGGAAAAGAGACAUCCCAGUCGCCCUGAAGACCCUGAAGGCGGGAUACACAGAGAAGCAGAAGAGGGACUUCCUGGCUGAGGCGUCCAUCAUGGCCCAGUUCGACCAUCCCAACGUCAUCCGCCUGGAGGGAGUGGUGACCCAGAGCAAACCAGUGAUGAUCAUCACAGAGUACAUGGAGAACGGCUCUCUGGACUCCUUCCUCAGGAGACACGAUGGCCAGUUCACCAUCAUCCAGCUGGUCGGGUUGCUGCGCGGCAUCGCGGCCGGUAUGACCUACCUGUCUGACCUGGGCUACAUCCAUAGAGACCUGGCUGCCCGCAACAUCCUGGUCAACAGCAACCUGGUGUGUAAGGUGUCUGACUUUGGCCUGUCCCGAGUGCUGGAGGACGACCCAGACGCUGCAUACACCACCAGUGGCGGGAAAAUCCCAAUCCGCUGGACAGCCCCGGAGGCCAUCGCCUACAGGAAGUUCUCCUCCUCCAGUGAUGUAUGGAGCUACGGCGUGGUCAUGUGGGAGGUGAUGUCGUAUGGAGAGCGACCAUACUGGAACCUCACCAACAGAGAUGUGAUCAAGUCUGUGGAAGAGGGCUACAGGCUGCCGGCUCCUAUGGGCUGCCCCGCUGCUCUACACACCCUCAUGCUGGAUUGCUGGCAGAAGGAUCGCAACGAGAGGCCGCGCUUUUGCCAGAUAGUCACCGUUCUUGACAAGCUAAUCCGCAACCCAGAGAACCUGAAGUCUAUGGACACGCUCUGCAGUUUAAGCAGUCCUCCGCUGAUGGAGAGAGCUAUCCCAGACUUCAGCAGCUGUAACUCAGUAAACGAGUGGCUGGACACCAUAAAGAUGAGCCGCUACAAGGACCACUUUGCAGCAGGGGGGUACCACACUCUGGGACACGUCAUAGGCAUGAACCAAGGGGACAUCCAGAGGCUCGGGGUGACGCUGAUGGGCCACCAGAAGAAGAUCAUGACCAGCGUCCAGCUGAUGAGGGCGCAGGUCCUCAACAAGAGCGUGCCGUCUGUGCACGUAUAA